CAUUUCAUACUUUGAUUACAUCAUACGUACUCUCUCUCUCUCUCUCUCUCUCUACAUAUCUCUCUCUCUCUAGCAAUUUUAUUUCACACACUAAAUCUCUCUCUCUCACACACACAUUUAAUUAAGAUCAUGAAGGUUGAAGUACAGAAAAGAUAUGCUUUGCUACUAGCAGCAAAGGAUUCUGAGUAUGUGAAGGACGUGUACGGUGGCUACUUCAAUGUGUUUGUUGCAGCUUUCGGCGAAGAAGGAGAGAGGUGGGACUUGUUUAGGGUUGUUGAAGGAGAGUUCCCGGACAUGAAUGAGCUCCAAAACUAUGAUGGCUUUGUGGUCAGUGGUAGCCCUUUCGACGCCUAUGGCAAUGACCCUUGGGUUCUCAAGCUUUGCUUUCUUUUGCAAACCCUAGACUCCAUGCAUAAGAAAGUCCUUGGUAUUUGCUUUGGACACCAGGUUUUGUGCAGAUCAUUGGGUGGAAAAGUUGGGAAGGCUAACAGUGGUUGGGAUAUUGGGCUUAGAAAAGUGAAAAUUGUGAAAGAUUUCUCCCCAUGCGGUUUCCUUGAAGGCUCAGAAGAAAUCCCAGCAUCCCUUUCGAUCAUUGAAUGCCACCAAGAUGAGGUAUGGGAGGUUCCUGUGGGUGCUGAAGUGAUUGCAUAUUCGGAUAAAACCGGUGUGGAGAUGUACACCAUCGGAGACCACAUUUUAGGGAUUCAAGGUCAUCCAGAGUAUACCAAGGACAUUCUUAACAAUCUCAUCGAUCGUCUUCUCACAAACGAAUCUAUAGAGAAAGGUCUUGCUGAAGAUGCCAAGGCAAAAUUGCAGAUAGCCGAACCAGAUAGGAAGUGUUGGGGAAAGAUUUGCAGAGGCUUCCUCAAGGGCAGAUGGAAUUAACUAGCUAAUUAAUUGCAAAUAUAACCAAAUCACUUUUGUUUUGAUAUCUUUAUUCGUUUUAUAUAACCACCUUGGUUAUAUGGUAUUUACUAAAAAAAUAAUUUUUAAAUUUACAAAAAUAGAAAACUUGGUUACAUAUGUAUACUCUUUGAUCCGAUAAUGAAGAAAUAAAUAUUUACAAUAGCAUUGCUUCUACAUUAAUAUAUCAUGUGUGUCCAUUACAUUUGUCUUACAAGUUAAACCUAGGAGAACCAU